CUCUUGCACUUAAAGGGGAAAACUUGAAGUUUUUGUGUUUCGAGUGUCAGAUCGAUAGUUUCGCCAAAAUUUUAAAUUUUUACCCAAAUUUUUGCUAUUUUUUUUACCGAUUUUAAAAUGACUAAUAUGAAACAACGGCUGCGCAACUUGUUCCGCCGGAACAAAAUGCGCGCCCGAGCCACCACAGCACCGAAUAAUCCGGAUCCGGAGCCACCUAAGCAGGAGCCAAGCAAGCAGAAGCCAGGCAAGCAGGAUGCCUCCAAGCAGGAGCCACCUAAGCAGGAGGAGCCCGAAAAGCCACCCAAGGAAAUCGAUAUAGAGAUAAUACCCGCGCCACCGGCAGAGGGCGAAAUGCCCUCCUACUUCCAUGUGGGCUCCUUGGCGAAGGAAUGCCUUAUCAAUGGUUUCAAGAUCGGCGCCUGGCAGAUGCAGUGCACCACGCGAACGGACAAGGACUUCUACCUUAACACCUUCGGCGAGGCGUAUCCCACCAUGGAGAGCGUCUUUGGCGGCAUGGAGGUGUUCAAGGAAGUGGACAACUACAGCACGUCGCUCGGCUGGUUUACCAACAAUGAUCUUCUCUCGGAGAUCGCGGUGCGCGGCAUGAGCUUUGGCAGUCGGCUGUAUGGGCUGCUGAAGUCCACAAUUGGCACGAAAGACGAAGUGACAUUCCAAACGAAGCUGAAGUGCGGGUUGGAGCGCGAUCCCGUGAAGGUGGAACUGGUGGUGCCUCUGUACAACGAUCCCCUAUUCUUAGGCUAUGUCCUGGUGGCGCCUGUGGACCACUGGGUGCUGGGAUAUCGAACGGAGUACAACUUCGACGAAAAGGGAUUCGACAAGCACGCCCUGUGCCUGGGCUACAAUAAUGGCAGGACUGAAGUGGGUCUGAAACUCGAGAAUUUCGAGGACCUACGAGGAUCGUUCUUUCAAAGGAUCGGCGAUGCCUGGGCUUUUGCCAUUAAGUCGAACCUCUACAGCUCGGAAAAUGUGAAACAGUUUGCCAUUGGGGUUCAGUACGACUUCCAGAAUGGCACCAUGGUGAAGGCCAAGUUGCGGGAGGACUCCAGAAUCGGGUUCGUCUACCAGUCAAAGAUCGGAAAAAACAUCGAUGUUGGCUAUCACUUGGCCUUUGAUGGGGUAGACCCCAUUGGUGGAGUCCAUAGGAUUGGAGUUUCGUGGGGUUUUCACUGUUGAAAAUAACGUGUACUAUGCACGUUAUAAUCCUUCUGGAUUUUGAUUUCCUAUAUAUGUAUGAUAAAUAUAACUAAGAACUUUUUA